UUCCUUCUGCUUCAGUUUAUGAUCCGCACUGAAAUGAAACAAAGCGAAAGGAUAUUCCUGAGAGGAUAAUUUAUACAUUUAUUUAUUUAUUUAUUCAUUGAACUUGGAAAUACUAUUUUGGUGUGAGAAUGGCAAACAAAUCUCCAGUAUCAUCUCUGAACAAAAUCGACUUCUGUUCUUCAAAGGACCCCGAGGAGCUCUUCUGUCUGCAGAAGAGGGUUGGAGGAGGUUCAUUCGGGCAGGUGUAUAAGGCUGUACAUAUUAAAACAGGAGAAGCUGCAGCUGUAAAAGUCAUUGAUGUAAAUGUGGCGCAUCAGGAAGAUCUGAAGUCUGAGAUGAACCUGCUGAAGACUCAGUCUCACCACCGCAACAUCGCAGAGUAUUACGGAGCGUUCAUCAAGAAAGGCUCACCUCCCAUAGGAGACCAACUGUGGUUGGUAAUGGAAUUCUGUGCUGGUGGUUCUGUCUCCGAUCUGAUUAACAGCACAAAAGAAAAGCAUCUAAGCGAGGACUGGACAGCGUGCAUCACCGGAGAAAUCCUCAAGGGAUUGGCUCACCUUCACAAAUACAAAAUCAUCCACAGAGACAUUAAAGGACAGAACGUGCUGCUGACUGAUCGUGCUGAAGUGAAACUGGUGGACUUUGGCGUGAGUAAGCAGUCAGAGGACACCUUCAGUAAGCAUAACACAUUUAUUGGGACUCCAUAUUGGAUGGCACCAGAGGUCAUCAACUGUAGAGAAAACCCCAAUGGGUCCUAUGACUAUAAGAGUGAUGUGUGGUCACUGGGCAUCACAGCCAUUGAGAUGGCAGAAGGUGAACCACCGCUGUGUACGAUGAACCCCUUUCAUGCGCUGCUCGCCAUAAGUCAGAAUGAGGCACCGACUCUAAAUCCAAACAAAUGGUCAGAUCGUUUUCAGUCAUUUAUCAAGGCCUGUCUGGUGAAGGAUCCAACUAAACGUCUGAGCACUAAUGAGCUGCUGAAUCAUGCAUUUAUUUCCAACAUCCAGAAACAUAUCCGACACAUCCGUCAUGAGAUUAUGAUACACAGACACAAACAGAAAGAAGAACAAAUGCAGGCUGAAAAGGUGAGAGAAGCUGAAGCUGAGCUGAGGUCGAGAGAGAGAGCUCCGGGCAAGUCACCUCCGAGCCCCGUUGCUCUGAAUCAGAAGAUGUCGAAAAAGGAUGAAAGAGAUCUCCAGGUCAAACUGAUGAAGGAGCAUUUGAAAAGGAAGGAGUGGGAGAAACGUCAGAUCAAGUCUGAAAUGAAAAAACAGCACAAAAUAUUACAGCAGAAGAAUUCUUCAGGACUUCAUCCUCAGGAACAGGCUGAUAAAUUGGUUGUAAACAACCAGAUCUAUGGCAACAACCAUUCACGUCCUCAGAAGAUUCCUCCCUCCUCUCCCAACCUGAACAUUCGUCACGCCCCUCCCUCGUGCCCUGUAGGCAGACAUAACUCUUCUGCUCAUCCUCAGAUGCAGCAGCAGCUGUGCAGGUCACCCACGAGCCCUGGGCAAGUGCCUCAGAUCUGCAUCUCACCUCAGGAGGAUUUUGGAGUAACACUGAAAAGCCAAAGACCUGAUUUGAGAAAUGAAACCGUGAGGAAUUACAAUUCCUUUAAUGCCGAUUUGGGUCAUGACUGCAAACGCCGCUCGGCCUCGCCCUCGCCCUGCCGCAGAGGAGGACAAGGCAACCACAGAGAUGAAAACGGCAACAGCCUGAGGAACAUGUACUGGAUGUCCAGAAGUCAGGAGAAUGUCGGGUUGAUUAAUUUAUCCUCUUCUGCUCCUGAACAUACGCUUCAGCAGGCAUUUGGGAGGCGAGAGCAGCGCUUGUACUCUACGCCUCAUGGGAAUUUCCUUGAUGUUCCUCACCAGCAGCUCCUGCAACCUUUUCCUUCAGAGGAGAAGGAAAACGGUAAAAAUCACAGACGGCGUUCUUCGUGUCAGGAUCUCUCCAGCUUAGGUCUGCAGAACAGGAACUGCAUUCCUCGCUCAAAGUCUAACUGUGGUCAGGAAUUCUCGCCCAUGAUUAAUAGUCCAGACAAAUAUAAUUUUGGUAGGAAAUUAAUUAAAGUCCUGGGGCUUUCACCUCGUGUAUCACCACAUCACAGUACGUCUUCCUCCAGAUCUCCCUCUCCAGGCAGCAGCCCCACACCUACCACCCCGAAUGACUCGCCCUUUAGCCCCAUUCAGUAGCCUGUUAGACCUCCUGAGCACAUGCAAUAAAUAACUGUAAAUAACUGACCCUUUUCUCCAGACUACGUCAACCUUAAUACUUGGAUUCAUUCAUUCAUUCAUUCAUUCAUUCAUUCAUUCAUUCAUUCAUCUUCUACCGCUUAUCCGAACUUCUCGGGUCACGGGGAGCCUGUGCCUAUCUCAGGCGUCAUC